UUCGCUCCCAAAACAAUUCAAAGCAUUUUUAGUGACAAGUGACAUUUUAUUUCACAAAAUAUGAAGUUUCUCAGUGCUUUUUGCAUUUUUGUUAUCGUUGCCCAGGCAUCUGCGGCAAGUAUUCCACAGGAUGAUAGACCAAUGUACGGAUUGGGGCGUUUAAAUGAACGUGCUGCCGAUCCUGGUGCUGAUCCUGCAGCCUAUGCUGAAGCGUAUGCUAAUGCUUUUGCUAAUGCUGUUGCCAAAGCCAUGGCACUAUCCAGUGCUGAACCUAUUGCACUUCCUGACGACAAUGAUGGCCAAGAUUAUGAUGAUGUAAUGCGGCCACGUAGAUUUACUUGCGACGUCCUCUCCUUCUCAACGAAGUGGUUCGGCGCCCAUCAUGCAGCUUGCGCUGCGAAAUGCUUAACUCAAAGACGUUGGGGUGGUAGUUGUAAAAAUGGCGUCUGUGUUUGCCGAUAAAAAUACGCUUCAUCAUAAAUGACUGCCUCACGUUGUCACAAUUGUUGGUUUCUCGAUUGCACACAAUAUUUUUUAUUGUAACACAGCUCUCAUACUUUCCUUUCCAUUUAAAUAAAAGAAAAUGACUUAUUGAUAUUGAAAUUCAAUAAACGAUGUGUAUUUGAA